GACCCCGCCCGGGCCAACCGCCUCUCUGGCCCGCCCUUUGAGCAAGAUCACUCCAUGGAUGAAAUGACAGCCGUGGUGAAGAUUGAAAAAGGAGUUGGUGGCAAUAAUGGGGGCAAUGGUAAUGGUGGUGGUGCCUUUUCUCAGGCUCGAAGCAGUAGCACAGGCAGUAACAGCAGUGGAGGAGGAGGAGGGCAGGAGUCCCAGCCAUCCCCUUUGGCUCUUCUGGCAGCAACUUGCAGCAGAAUUGAGUCACCCAAUGAGAACAGCAACAACUCCCAGGGCCCAAGCCAGUCAGGGGGCACCGGUGAACUGGACCUUGCAGCCACACAACUCUCACAGGGCGCCAAUGGCUGGCAGAUUAUCUCUUCCUCCUCUGGGGCUACCCCUACCUCAAAGGAACAGAGUGGCAGCAGUACUAAUGGCAGCGAGUCUUCCAAGAAUCGCACGGUCUCUGGUGGGCAGUAUGUUGUGGCUGCCACCCCGAAUUUACAGAACCAGCAAGUCCUGACAGGACUACCUGGGGUGAUGCCCAAUAUUCAGUAUCAAGUAAUCCCACAGUUUCAGACUGUUGAUGGGCAACAGCUGCAAUUUGCAGCCACUGGGGCCCAAGUUCAGCAGGAUGGGUCUGGUCAAAUUCAGAUCAUACCAGGUGCAAACCAACAGAUCAUCACAAAUCGAGGAAGUGGAGGCAACAUCAUUGCUGCUAUGCCAAACCUGCUCCAACAGGCUGUCCCCCUUCAAGGUCUGGCUAAUAAUGUUCUCUCAGGGCAGACUCAGUAUGUGACCAAUGUACCAGUGGCCCUCAACGGGAACAUCACCUUGCUACCUGUCAAUAGCGUUUCUGCAGCUACCUUGACUCCCAGCUCUCAGGCAGUCACGAUCAGCAACUCUGGCUCCCAGGAGAGUGGCUCACAGCCUGUCACCUCAGGGACUGCCAUCAGUUCUGCCAGCCUGGUAUCAUCACAAGCCAGUUCCAGCUCCUUUUUCACCAAUGCCAAUAGCUACUCAACAACUACUACCACCAGCAACAUGGGAAUUAUGAACUUUACCACCAGCGGAUCAGCAGGGACCAACUCUCAAGGCCAGACACCCCAGAGGAUCAGUGGACUACAGGGGUCUGAUGCUCUGAACAUCCAGCAGAACCAGGCAUCUGGAGGUUCACUACAAACAAGUCAGCAAAAAGAGGGAGAGCAAAACCAGCAAACACAGCAACAACAACAGAUUCUUAUUCAGCCUCAGCUAGUUCAAGGGGGACAGGCCCUCCAGGCCCUUCAAGCAGCACCACUGUCAGGGCAGACCUUUACAACUCAAGCUAUCUCCCAGGAAACCCUCCAGAACCUCCAGCUUCAGGCUGUUCCAAACUCUGGCCCCAUCAUCAUCCGGACACCAACAGUGGGGCCUAAUGGACAGGUCAGUUGGCAGACUCUUCAGCUGCAGAACCUCCAAGUUCAGAACCCACAGGCCCAGACAAUCACCUUGGCUCCAAUGCAGGGUGUUUCCUUGGGGCAGACAAGCAGUAGCAACACCACCCUUACACCCAUUGCCUCAGCCGCCUCCAUCCCUGCUGGCACAGUCACUGUGAAUGCUGCCCAGCUCUCCUCCAUGCCAGGCCUCCAGACCAUUAACCUCAGUGCAUUGGGUGCUUCAGGAAUCCAGGUGCACCAACUUCCAGGCCUGCCGUUGACUAUAGCAAAUGCCUCAGGUGAUCAUGGAGCUCAACUUGGCCUCCAUGGGGCUGGUGGUGAUGGAAUACAUGAUGACACAGCAGGUGGAGAGGAAGGAGAGAACAGCCCAGAUCCUCAACCCCAACCUGGACGGAGGAACCGACGGGAAGCAUGCACCUGUCCCUACUGUAAAGACAGUGAAGGAAGGAGCUCUGGGGACCCUGGCAAAAAGAAACAGCACAUUUGUCACAUCCAAGGUUGUGGCAAAGUAUAUGGCAAAACCUCACACCUACGGGCACACUUGCGCUGGCACACAGGCGAGAGACCAUUCAUGUGUACCUGGUCAUACUGUGGGAAACGCUUCACACGUUCGGAUGAGCUGCAGAGGCACAAACGUACACACACAGGCGAGAAGAAAUUUGCCUGCCCUGAGUGUCCCAAGCGCUUCAUGAGGAGUGACCAUCUGUCAAAGCAUAUCAAGACCCACCAGAAUAAAAAAGGGGGCCCAGGUGUAGCCCUGAGUGUGGGUACUUUGCCCCUGGACAGUGGAGCAGGUUCAGAAGGCAGCGGCACUGCCACUCCUUCGGCCCUUAUUACCACCAAUAUGGUAGCCAUGGAGGCCAUCUGUCCAGAGGGUAUUGCCCGUCUUGCCAACAGUGGCAUCAACGUCAUGCAGGUGGCAGAUCUGCAGUCCAUUAAUAUCAGUGGCAAUGGCUUCUGAGAUAAGGCACCUGAGGCCAGAGACAUACGGGCCAUACCCAUCAACCCCAGGAUGCAAGGUAGCAUGGGUCCAAGAGACAUAUGGGAGAGAGAGCCAUGAGGCAUUAAAAUGGAUGGUGGUGGGAAGAAUUGGGAGAGGGAUACAAGAGAAGAGAUGGGGUCCUGGCACCCACCUAUAUCAUCAGUGCCUCCUUGAAGUGGGAAACAUUAGUGAAAAUUUUGUUGGUGCCACUCUUUGGUGAGCAUUUGUUUGACCCCAGACAAUUUCUUACACUUCUUAACCCAGCCUCCCCUUCCUGCCUUUCCCAUCGCAGCUCCCCCAUGAUGGAUUCCCCUCCCCUUUCCUAAAGCCAUCAUGCCUUGAUAAAUAUAUAUGAUCAUUGAAAUACUUUUUAACAAAA